UCAAAGACUAUUCAAAGCUUCAAGCUUGCUCUCAAAUUCUCAACCCUCUCUCUGAAAGCCUCCUCUCAAUAAUAAAACCAAAAGCCUGAGACCUUCACCAGAGCUCUAUUUCAGAGCCAUCUCCGUGUCUCUUCUUCUUCGAUUUCCAUGUCUGAUGAGGCCAGAGAUCUCUACCACCUUGACCCAUUUUACGACUAUCACCGCAACGUCGGCAGAAGCGGCUUUCCCUUCUCAGCUGAUCACCCUUCCAUGUAUAAUCAAUCGGGUCAUGGGCUAGGAGACUCAUCAGCUAACGAUCUACCUGGGUUUGGUCCUUCCUACAUGAGCUUCACUGAGUGUUUACAUGGCGCAAUGGAUUACAGUACACUGUCGAGAGCUUUCGACUUCUCUUGUUCUUCACCGGAUGUGCUUUACCCUGUGGAUGAUGCCGGUCAGAAGGGAGCUGGUACGGGAGAGUCAGUUGGGACCGGUGACAUUCCGGCGACACCCAAUUCAUCUGUCUCCUCGUCGUCCUCGGAGUCAGCAGGAGAAGGCGAAGAUUCCGGGAAGAGUAAGAAAGAUCGGCAGCCGAAAGGGUCUGAAGAUGCAGUGGACAAAUCUAAGAAAGUGAACAAGCCCAAGAAGAAAGGAGAGAAACGGCAAAGGGAGCCAAGGUUUGCUUUCAUGACUAAGAGCGAAGUUGAUCAUCUUGAGGAUGGAUACAGAUGGAGAAAAUAUGGGCAGAAGGCAGUAAAGAACAGCCCUUAUCCAAGAAGCUACUACAGGUGCACUAGCCAGAAGUGCUCGGUGAAGAAACGUGUGGAGAGAUCAGUCCAAGAUCCAUCGAUCGUGAUCACUACAUAUGAAGGUCAGCAUACCCAUCAGUGCCCAGCAACACUUCGAGGACACAACACUAGUAGUACUGGAAUGAUGACUCCUUCCAUGUUAGCAGUGCCUCCAUCAGCUGGGUCAAUGUUCCCACAAGAACUACUGGUUCAGUUGCCUUCGACAAAUAACCAGGGAGGCACAGGCUCCAUCUUCCAACAAAACCUAACUCAUCAUCAUAUUCCUCAUAUUCAGCAGCUCCAACUUCCCGACUAUGGCCUUUUACAAGACAUAGUUCCCUCAUUCAUCCAUAGACAGCAACCAUGAAACAACUUCCACUUUGUCAGUUCAUCUCUCUCUCUCUAUCUAUCUAUCUAUCUCUCAUAUAUUGUGUUCUAUUUUGUUUUUUCACAUAUUUUGUACACUGAGUUAGUAUUGGACAGAUGAAACAAUGCCCGUAUGGUAUGCAUGGAGAAUCAGAUUCAUCUUAUUGGAGUACAGAAUAAAAUUAAUGUACUUAUUUUUACAAAACCA